UUUCACUUCGUACCGUGUUUGCGUUCACAACUCUGUCGGUUCGGGUUCUGCAUUUUAUUUUAUUAUUAUUAUUUUUUUUUUGUUUUUCUCUGCUUUGGAUUGUGCAGUUUUUUCGUACAUUUUGUAUAUAAAACUGACCGCGUUUCCAUCGACUUUGAAUUCUAAUACGAAUUCGAAUUGAUUUCGGUACAAUUGAAUAACAAUAAAUGCGGAAAAUUCGCAAAUGAUGCGAAGGCGACUCUGAAAAAAAAGAGAAUUAAGUAGUCAACAAAUGGGACCAAAUCAUAACGACUUAAAGUGUGUAAAAGUGCAGCUAGAGAUUUGCGAGAUUCAGGCUGAACGCGAGCAGCAAAAGCUGCAGCUGGAGCUGGUGGAGCAGCUGGCGACCGACAAAGCGCAAGCCUCAAAAUAGGAGCGUCGACCUCGUCGACAGCAGCGUCACCAGCACAGCCCAGUGACGGAUCGAGGAUGUCGGCGCGCAAGCCAGCAGUGGGAGCGGGAGCGGGAGUAGGAGCCGGAGCAGGAGCAAAGCCUGAUAAUAAUAAUGCAUCGCCCACACUUGAGCUGGAAGCGGCCCCAGGCGAGGAUGGAGCAGCAGCUGGGGAUGCAUCAACAGCAGCCACAGCAGCAUCAGCGUCAGCUGGAGAUGCAGCUGAGGCAGCUGCUCCAGCUGAUGAAGCCGAACAGGAAACGGAUAAGAAUAAAGACCAGGACACUGACCUGAUAGAACGGCAUAGUGAUCCCUCGCCACUGAUCGCAGAAUGCGGCACGCCGCGCAAGUCAUGCUCCGAGGCACUGGCCGCCAAAAAUGUGCGCGUGACACGUCACUCGUCGCCUUUGCUGCUGCACAGCUCUUCGCCGACGAGCAAGCGAGAUGCGCGAGAGACACUUGAGCCGGCGGCGACGGUGGCAGCGGCAGCGGGAACGGCAGCUAGCAGCGAUAACGAGGAGCUGCCCAGUGGCAGCAGCCAAAGAAAGGGCUCAGCGGAGCGGCAAAGCGGCAAUCUGCCGAUAAUACGCGGCCGCAAGUCCAUCAAGGAGCUAAAAGAAGCCAAAGAAGUAGCCGCAAAGCCAGCGGAUGAGCUGCUGGUCAAGGAGGAGUCCAGCGAUGCCAUGGAACUUGAUGAGCAGGGGCAGGAGCAGGAUCAGGCAGCAAAAGAGCCGAAGGAAACGAAAGACACAAAAGACAAUGCCAAUACAAAGCUAAGCGAAAAGGAGAAGGACGCCAAGGAUACCCCAAAGGACUCCAAAGAUAAGGAGAGGGAGAAGGAAACAACACCCACGCCCACAACGCCGGCAACAGCAGCGACAACAACAACAACAACAACAGCAACAGCAUCAACUCCAACCACGUGCAAUCGCGUCACACGCAAAGCGCACGCCCAGGAGCUGGCGCUGGCCAACAACAACAACAACACGCGCGUCACCCGCAAUCGCCGCCAGUCAUCGACGGUAAACAACGAGCCACAGCUGCCUGCGCGCGGCCGUCGAAAAAAGCCAGCGCCGCCAGAGCCAACCAAGGAGCAGCUGCUCAAGCGUAAGCGCUCCGACGAUGACGCCGAACUGGGCCUCAAGUACGCCAAGGUUGAGGUCAAGGAUGAUGAGGAUGAGUCCGAGACCACGAGUGCCGCGGAUGAGGCCAAAUCCAGCGCGUUGAGCAUUAAACUGGAGCCGCCGGACAGCGAGGAGCCGCAAUCACCUGCUGCCACGCCCACGCCGCAAUCAGCCAAUCGACGCGGACGCGGCAGGCCGCAAACUAAGGGAACACCCACCGCCACAGCCAGCGCUGCCAGCACGCGCGCAACACGGCACAGCAAGGCGGGCUCGCCGGGCUUGUUGGCCGCGACAACAACGACAACGCCUGCGGAGCCAACGCCGCCAAAGCGGCGCCGCGUGGGCUCGGCAAAUCGCAGCCUGCUGGCCGCCAAGGCGGCAUCUGCCAGCUCCAGUUCGCUGGCCGCCAGUUCUGCUGGCGGCGCUGCUGGCGAUGAGGACUCCAAGGACAGUCUGACCUCCACCUCCAUGGACGAUUUGCUGCUGGCCGCCACGGAGAUCAAGCAGGAGAAAUUGGCGCUCGAUUUCGACGAGAGUCUCGAUGCGGUUGCCAAGAUCGCAGAGCCGGACUCUGAGCUCGCCGAGCAGGCGCAGGCCUCCACCUCGAUUGCAGCGGCUGCCAAUGGCACUGAGCCGUUGACCGUGGAUACAGAAACGGUGAAAAGCACUGAGGAUGCACUGCAGCAGCAGAUCGUUGGCGUCCCGGCCGAGGGCGAGGGUGAAGCCGAAGCCGAAACUGAAUCGAAUGAGGCUGGCAAGGCGCCCUCGCUGAGCCCCGAGAUGAUCAGUGAAGGUGUCAGCGCCAUUAGUGUUAAGCAGUUCUACAAGAAGCCCGAGUUUCUGGCCAACAAUCUGGGCAUCGAGAAGGACCCGGAGCUGGGCGAGAUUGUGCAAAUUGCCAGCGAGACGCAAACAGCAACUGCGGCGAUAGCAGCACCUCCCGAUGAAGAGGAGCCUCCUCCGGGAGACGGGCUUGUAAUUGAGCUCGAAACGGAGGCAGAGACGGAGCCGGAGGGUAAACUGAACGACUCCUAUGCUGGGAGCAUGGGUGAGCUGCGCGUGGACGAAAGCGGCGAUGAGACGGAGCAGGAGGCACAAAAGCCAACAGCAGCAGCUGGAGCGGCGGCAGCAGCAGCAGUAGUUGAUGCUGUCAGCUCGCCGGUCGAGCUUAACGGUGAGGUCGAGGAGCUGCCAGCCAAGGCAGAUGACUAUGAUGACUUCGAAAGCGAGAUUAUGGAGCAGCUGGCCAAGGAGGGCGUCGUGGAUGCCAGCGGUAACGCGCUAAGCGCCAGCAAGCUCCAGCAGGAGCAGGACCACGAGCAGCAGCAGCAGCAGCAGCAGUCGACAUUGGCAACCAUUGAAUGUGAUACGGCCCAGUUGGCGGCGGAGCUGGAUGUGCAAACCGAAAAGAAGCUGCCCGCUGAAAUGGUGCUCACCUUGGAGGUGGAGCCAUUGACCGAGGAGCAGGAAGCUGAAGCGAAUGCUGUGGCAGAUGAUGACACCGACAUGCAAAUCCUAACCGAAGACUGCGCCGAAUAUCCCGAGGAGAACAAGGAGAAUGUGUCCACGGCCACAACAGAUGCCAUUGCCGUUGCUGUUGCAUCUGCGGUCAGUCCAGAUGCCGUCAUGGCACUGGAACUGGCGCUUAAGACAGAAGAUGGCACCGCCGCAAAGCUCGAACAGGAUCUGGCCGACCUGGAGGAGGAGAAGCCGCUGGCCGCCGUCGCAGCCGAGCAGAAGCAACUGCCCAAAACUGAGGCCAAUGGCAAACUCAAAAAGCUGACGGAUGGCGACGAUGAGCUGCGCCGCGAAAAGGAGCGCCAUCUGCAGCAUCUCGGCCUGCUGACCCACCAGGCCGCCGAGCAGCUGCGUCAGGAGUACAUACACACGCACACGCGCGCCGUCCACCAACAGCAACAGCAGCAGCAGCAUCAGCAUCAACAACAACAGCAGCAGCAGCAGACCGGCAAGCGGUCAGCGGGGAAAGGUGGCAGCGCCGCGCACAUCGAGUCCAGCGGCACCCUAAAGACGGUCAUCAAGCUGAAUCGCAGCAGCAAUGGCGGCGCCGGCGGCGCCACGGGCGUGCCCACCGGCACAGUUAUCCAUGGCGGCCCUGUCGCUGGCAUCAGCACAACGGCAGCUGCUGCUGCUGCCAGCAGCAUGGGCAGCGCGACACGCAAAGGCGGCAUCGCUGGCGCAGCGGCCAGCUCGGCGCACGGUGUGCGUCGCCAGUCGCUCAAGAUGACAUUCCAAAAGGGACGCGCACGCGGACACGGCACUGCCGACCGUGCUGCCGAUCAGCAUGGCGCCCAUGCCGAGGACUCCUACUACACCAUACAGAACGAGAACGAAGAUUCGUCGCAUUCGGAGGGUCAUGGCGGUCAAGUGGAGCACGGCUUCUAUCAGAUGGUGAAGAAGGAUGAGAAAGAGAAGAUUCUGAUACCGGAGAAGGCAUCCUCGUUCAAAUUUCAUCCGGGUCGCCUGUGCGAGGAUCAGUGCUACUAUUGCAGCGGCAAAUUUGGACUAUACGAUACGCCCUGUCACGUCGGCCAGAUCAAGUCCGUGGAGCGCCAGCAGAAGAUACUUGCAAACGAGGAGAAGCUGACGGUGGACAAUUGCCUGUGCGACGCCUGCUUUCGCCAUGUGGAUCGUCGCGCCAAUGCGCCUUCCUACAAGAAGCGUCUCUCGGCGCCCGGCCACCUCGAGACGGGCAACAACAACAACAAUGGGAGCAACACCGCCGGUGGCGUGGGUGGCGGCAAUGGCAACAGCAUGGACAAACAUUUCACGGGAGAUGCUGGCGAUGCGGAGUUUGCAACGACCUCGUCAGGCGCCGUCUCCGGAUCGGCGGCGCAGCGUGUUUGCGCUGUCAAAGAUUGCGCGGAUGCGGCCAGCCAUUCGCUGCGGCGCAAGUGCGUCCGCAAGAGCGUCAAGAAGUGCCUGCUCAACUUCGAGAUUCCGGCGGGUACCUCGAGCGUCUGGCUCUGUGAGCCCCACUACAAUACGGUCAUCCAGUCGUCCGGCUGUGUGCUCUGCAAGCGUCGUCUGGGCAAGAAUCACAUGUACCACAUUACCUCGCAGGACACGGAUCGCUUGGAGAAGGCGCUUUCCGAAAUGGGCAUACCCGUGCAGCUGGGCGUUGGCACCGCCGUCUGCAAGCUGUGUCGCUAUUUUGCCAAUCUGCUGAUGAAACCGCCGGACAGCACCAAGUCACAGAAGGCCGAGUUUGUAAAGAACUAUCGCAAGAGGCUCCUUAAGGUGCACAAUCUGCAGGAUGCCAGCAACGAGGCCUCUGAGGUGGAUGAGGAGGAUGCCAACGCCGGCUGCAGUGCCUCAACGGGCGCCGGCACGGCUCCAGCUGCCAGCGCCUGUGAUGAUGCCUCCAGCGAAAUGCCCAUGGUGGUGGACUAUGAUGGGCCCACGGAUUCCAAUUCGAGCAGCUCCUCAACAACGCCCAUCGGGCAUGCGGUGAGCGCCAGCAAACAAAUGUCUAAGCUGCAGGCCAUACUUCAGCAGAAUUUGGCUGGUGAUGCGACAGCUACAGCCACAGCCCCAGGCAACUCUAAUUCCAAUUCCAAUGCGAAUGUCAAUGCAAUUGCCAAUACCAAUGCCAAUGCUAAGGGCAAGGCCGGUGCCGACAUCUCGAAUGUGCUGCGCGGCAAUCCGAACAUCUCGAUGCGUGAACUUUUCCACGGCGAGGAGGAUCUGGGCGUGCAGUUUAAGGUGCCCUUCGGCAGCAGCAGCAGCCAGCGCACGCCGGAGGGCUGGACGCGCGUCCAAACGUUCCUGCAGUACGACGAGCCGACGCGCCGCCUCUGGGAGGAGCUGCAAAAGCCGUACGGCAAUCAGAGCUCCUUUUUGCGUCAUCUCAUACUGCUGGAGAAGUAUUAUCGCAAUGGCGACCUCGUGCUUGCCGCGCACGCCUCCUCCAAUGCCAGCGUUUAUACGCAGACCGUGCGACAGCGUCUCAAUUCCUAUGAUCAUGGUCAUUGCGGUGGCUUCCAAAGUAAUGCCAAGACAAAUGCCGCCGCCGUUGUCGCUUCCUCCUCCUGCUCCUCCUACUCCUCCUCCUCACCGAAUGCUGCCAACCCGCCAGCCAAUGCCAGUCUAUCCUGUUCGCCUAAUGCCAGCACCAGCAACAACAGCAACAACAACAACAACAACAACAGCAACAGCGGCAGCAGCAGUGUGCUCGCCAAUGCUCUGACCACGCCCCAAGGCAGCAAUAACAGCGGCAUGGAACAGCCGUCUGGGCAGCCAGAGCCCAUUAUUCCGUUGGUGGAGCUGAACGAUGAUGAUGACGAUGACGAGGAUGCGGACAAGGAGGAUGCGGCCGACUAUGCGCCAGAGUGCGGACUGUUGCCUCUGGACCGACUGCGCACUGUCUCCGUAGACAAGCUGACCAAGCAGCUCAGCUCCAAUGCGGUAACCAUAAUAGCGCGACCCAAAGACAGCGCCAAAGCCGCAGUUGGAGCGACUGGAACAACGGCUACAGCGACGCCAGCAGCAGCAGCAGCUGUCGGUGAGGAAUCGUCGCCGGUGAAAGCGGCUCUGCAAGCCAAGGAUGCGCCUCCGCUGGUGCCCACCAAUGUGUCCAAUAGCCGCAGCAUACUCAAGACCAAUCUGCUCGGCAUAAACAAGGCGGUGGAAAUUGUGCCGCUCGCAACCAGUCAGCACCAACAACAACAACAGCAACAACAGCAACAGCAGCAACAGCAGCAGCAGCAGUCGCAGUCGCAUUCCAAUCACAAAUCGGCGUCUGCAUCCAACGAGAAACCGCACAAGCUACUGGACAUGGCCAACAAGCUGGUGAGCAGCCAUUGCCACAACGAGCUGCCGCAGCAGCAGCAGCAGCAGCCGAAGUCCAAGCCGAUGUUGGCCAACGCCGCGACCACAAUUCUACAACAGCAGCCGACACCAAAACCGCCGCCCAAUGUGGCGCAGCUGCUCAGUUCGCCGCCGGAGCUGAUUAGUCUGCAGCGUCGCCGCACGAGUGCCGCCAAUUCGGCAAGUGCCGCCACGCUGCCGACGCUGGCGGGCAAACGGCUGCAGCUGCCGCGCGCAGCCGGCGGGGGCUCAGGAUCAGGCUCAGGUGCGGGCGGGGGCUUAGGCCCAGGUUCGGGAUCUGGUGCGCCCAGUGUGAUUAUGCUACCGGAUAAGCUGACGCCGCAGGAGCGGCACGAGAGCAAGAGCUGGAAGCCGACGCUGAUACCGCUCAAGGAGCAGCACAAGGUGCCGAGUAAGUCGCCAACGCUGUUCCAAACAGCCGACGGGCGACGUCUGCCCGCUCAGGUGCAGGUCCAGUCCGGUGGCAAGCCAUACCUCAUCUCAAUCAUUGACUACAAUCGCAUGUGCAUCUUGCGGCGUGAGAAGCUCUUGCGCGACAUGGCCAAAAUAGAUGCACCCAAGCAAACUGCACGCCAGCAGCUGCAGCAGCUCCAACAGCAACAUCAACAACAGCUGCAACAUCAACAACAUCAUCAACAACAUCAACAACAUCAACAACAGCAGCAACAACAACAACAACACAAACAACAGCAACACAAACAUCAGCAGCUGCCAACGCUGCAGCCGGGCGGAGUUGCCGCCGGCAGCGCAUUGCGACUGGCACGGCUCGCACCGAAGCCCAUGCCGCCGCUGAGCAAUCCACAGAAUGCCAGUGGAACAGCUGGUGGUGCCCAGUCACAAUCACAGUCACAGACGCAGUCAUCGCCAGCCAGCUUUCAGCCGAUGCUCAGCAAUGCGCUGGCAGCGGCAGCCGCAACGGCUGCGGCGGCGGCGGCAAACAACAGCAGCGUCAGCCUGGAUAGCAAUAGCUCCUGGCUGUGGAAGAACUUUCCCGAUGCCAAUCAGUAUAUAUUGAAUGGUGCUGCCGCCGCCGCCGCAGCGGCAGCAGCCAAUAAAUUCCCGCAUCUGACGGCCAAGCCGGCGACGGCAACGAGCUCUGCGGGCGGCGGAGGAGGAGGAGGAUUGGGUGGCAUCACAUUUACGUUGAAGCAACAGCAGCAGCAACAGCAGCAACAGAAGCUCAUCGACAAUGUUAUCAUGUCCAAGAUACCCAAAAGUCUCACGGUGAUACCACAGCACAUGGGCGGCGGCGGCGGCGGCGGAGGAUUAGGAGGAACAGCAGCCAAUGAUGCUGGCGGGCACAAAGAUUGAUGAUUGGCCCGAUGCCUGAAGCAACUACAGUUAGAACUCAAUCCUGCCAGUGAGAGAAAAGCGAAUCAACCAGAAACUAAUAAGCAUAAGCGAAACCACAACGAGGCGGAACAGGAGCAGAAGAA